AUGUCUGACGAAGAUACUACAUUCGAACAAGCUGGUUCUGGUGCUUCCCACACUUUCCCAAUGCAAGCUGGUAACUUGAAGAAGGGCGGUCACGUCGUCAUCAAGGAAAGACCUUGCAAGAUUACUGAAGUCACCACCUCAAAGACUGGUAAGCACGGUCACGCUAAGGCCAAUAUUACUGGUAUUGAUAUUUUCACUGGUAGAAAGUAUGAAGAUGUCUGUCCAACUUCCCACAACAUGCCAGUUCCAAACGUCGCAAGAAACGAAUAUCAAGUCCUCGCUAUUGAUGGUGAUUUCAUCCAUCUUAUGCUUGAAGAUGGUUCUUCUCGUGAAGACAUUAAGUUGCCAACUGAAACUGAUGAAGAUAAGCUUUUGACUGAAAAGAUUAGAGCUGCUUAUGACAAUGGUGAUGAAUUCAACGUCAUCCUCGUUGCUGCUAUGGGCAUUGAAAAGAGUGCACUUACCCAUAAUGCCUCGAUACCUCUUGUUGGAGGAUUGUUAACAUUGAAUGUACAACAUAGCAAUCCACAGGCAGGAUCAUCUUCACCAUUAUCCAUUUCUGAAGAUAAUAGUAGUAAUACAUCAUCAUCAGUUAAUAAUAACACUCCGAUCAAUGUUGCCAAUAAUAACAAUCAAAAUUGUAGUCAUGGUUGCCAGCAUCAUGAUCAUCACCAUCAACAUCAACAUCGCCAUCACAACAAGGACACUCAACCUCUCCUUCACAAUCAUCCUCACCUCGAGGAAGAUAAUUCAAAGAGAAGAAAAAAGGAUGAUUGUUGUUCAUCAUUUGUCAAAUGUUGUCAAUCUUCUCUGUUACCUGGAGUUGUUGCAUCACUCUCUGUUGGUGCCUAUCUUGUUGGUGCUUUUGUCAUUGUUCCAUUCGCCUUUCCUCUCUUCAAUCCUGUAAAAUCAACCAACAUUAUGAUAAUUGUUCAUAUUUUGAAUCAAAUCUUUGGAUUGUUUGAAUUGAGUAUGCUGUUACUCAGUUAUUUCAGAUGUAUGAAAACAAAUCCCGGAAUAGUUUCAAAUAAUUGGCAAGAAACAUUCUCUGAUGAAGAAUUAAAAGUUCUUCUCAGUUUGGAACCACAAAAGAAUGGAGAACCAAGAUAUUGUUCAAAAACUGGAAUGAUAAUACCUCCUAGAGCUCACUUUUCAUCAGUUCAAAAGAAGGUUGUUUUGAGAAUGGAUCACUAUUGUGUUUGGGUUAAUAAUUGUGUUGGAUUGUACAACCACAAAUAUUUCUAUUUAUUUUUAACUUAUUUAGUUAUUGCAAUUACUCACUUUUUUGGAAUUACAAUUUUUGUUGUCAUUGAGUUUAUUAAGGAUUCACAAAAUAUUGAUGUUGCAGUUUUUCUAUUAACACUUGUAUUUAACGUCUUUUUGGUACCAAUGUCAUGCAUGAUUUAUUUAUUCUGGGGCUGGAAUACUUAUUUAAUCUUGUUGAAUCAAACAUCUAUUGAGAAUUAUCAAUUAUCUGAAAAGAGAAAUAGAGCUCGUAUGAAGAAACUCAACACUGAACAUUUGAAAUAUCUCAAUUUUUACAAUAUUUCAUUCAUGGAAAAUGCCAAACAGGUGAUGGGAAGAACAGUUUGGAAAUGGCCUUUCCCAAUACCUGACAAUCUUGGAACUGAUGGUUUCAGAUAUCCAACAGUAUUACCAUACGAUACUAUUAUUGAAAUGCAAAAGGAAACAUUCACUCACGUACUCCCAGACCAAUCUCACAGACCACCAAAUGAUAGACGAAGAAGUUAUGACAGUGACUAUAGUGACAGUGAUGAUGAAAUGGUAUAA